AUGGGGAGAACCACAUGCAGCUGCGCCGCCGCCGUGACCCUGCUGGCCGUCAUCAGCUCAUGUCUCGCAGUCACUCUGGAGUCCAUCCACUGGAGCAGCUCCAACACCAAAUUUAGUCCAGGUAAGGGUCUGGUCCUGUAUCCUCAGAUCGGGGAUAAGAUGGACAUCGUGUGUCCCCGGGCUGAUGCUUCCCCGGGGGGAAAGGAGGAGUUCUACCGAGUGUACCUGGUCUCCAGAAGUCAGAUGGAGAGCUGCAUCAUCGCCAAGACGGACACGCCCCUGCUGAACUGCGACAAACCUCACCAGGACGUAAAGUUCACCUUCAAGUUCCAGGAGUUCAGUCCCAACCUGUGGGGUCUGGAGUUCAUCAAGGGGAGGGACUAUUAUAUCACCUCCACCUCUGCAGGCUCUCUGCAGGGUCUGGAUAAUACUAAUGGAGGGGUGUGUAUAACCAAAUCCAUGAAGCUGGUGCUGAGAGUCGGCCAAAACUCUUCAGAUGCACCUUCAACCCUUCAGGAGUCCCCCACCAGGUUCCCACCCACACGACCAAAAUCCAAGUCCCCCUCUGCAAAAGAAAAGGAUAGUAAAAGCAAAACUGACUCAGACUCAGAAACAGGACAAACAAACCCCAUCGGCGUUGGUGGCUCGGAGCCAGGCCUGUGGAUGUGGGUUGUCUGUGGUGGCGUGAUCCUCCUCGUGGUCAUCAUAAUUCUGCUGGUCGUGCUGUGGAGGCACCGUCAGCGUCGCCUCGUCCCAGAUAGCCAGCAGUCUGCCUCCGUGUCCCUCAACACUUUGGCCGUGGCAAAGCGGGACAGCAUCGGCAGCGACUACAACGGCUCGGACCGCAGCGAAGUUGUCUUUCCUCUGCGGCCCUCUGAGAGCAUGAUCUGUCGUCAUUAUGAGCAUGUGAGCGGCGACUACGGGCCUCCUGUGUACAUAGUUCAGGAGAUAUCGCCCCAGGCGCCCACCAACCUCUACUACAAAGUCUGAUGUUUGCAGCUCUAAUGCCAGUCUGUGGCCGGUAAUCCUACACUGUCUUGGACACAAAGCACGUCCAUUGCUUUAGUUUUAUAGUUUGUAGCGUCGUGGGAAGAAAAGGCACAAAGGUCUUCAUACAUACAUCUAAGAACUGUAUUGCACUGACCACAUACUUUUUACUAAUGCUUCUGUCACAAGUGCAAACCUUUUUGUUUUCUUGAUAGAGUGAAGAGAGACAAUCAGAGAGGAGCUUGAUGUGUCAUAUCAUUCCACUCCACCACAUUUCAGAGGGAAAUAUCGUGCUUUUUACUCCAUUACAUUCCUAUGGCAGCAGCCAGAUGAAGACUUUGCAUAGAAAACAUAUCAUUAGUUUAUAUAAUAUGUUGCAAUUAACCCAACAGCAUGUCAAGUACUGACAAUGAGCUCCACCUCAAUCAACUAGUUAAAGUAUGAGAAUUAAUAUUCCAAUAACAUAAUAUAUAGUAGUAUAACAUUAGGGGCCUUUUCUUUUUUUCAGAGUACUUUACUUUAAGUACAUUUAAUAAAGUAAGUACUGAUAAUACAU